CAAAUCAAAUAAUUCGAAAACCCACUCACGAUUACGAAGCUUUAAACAGCACAACCAAAACCCACUCCCAAAGCAUUUCUCAAAAUCUCGAAUCUGUCUGAAAAUGGCUACGCCUGAGGAUUUUGCUAAAGCCGUGGAUGACGGUCUCAAGCUUGCAAAGCGCGUUUACUUCGGUAAGGAUAGAGCCGUCUCUCCCCCUAAGCCUCCUCCUCCGAUGGACAAAUCAUCUUCGGCAGCUUACUCUUACCUCCUUCCCGCUGCGCCGAUGGUUUAUGCGGUGAUAUACGACCCGGCUAUGGUGGAUAACCCGGACGUACCCAGCUACCAGCCCCACGUGCACGGCAGGUGCGAUCCGCCGGCUCUGAUCCCGCUCCAGAUGAACGGGAUUCACCUUGUGGCCGAUUGCGUUCUGGACACUGCGUUCAUUACGGUCCUUGGUUCUUGGAGGGUCCAUUGCGUCAUGGGAAGCCGGAGCUGUGAUUGUCGCAUUGCCGUCCCUAUGGGCGAGAAGGGUUCAAUUCUAGGUGUUGAGGUGGAUGUGCUCAGAAAGUCAUAUCGUACCCAGCUCUUUGGAACAGAGGACAUAGACGGGACCGCAAAAGCUGCUCGAGCUGAAGAUUGGGGAUUUUUAAAGCCCCAUAUAUUUACCUUAACAAUACCACAGGUUGAUGGGGGCACCAAUCUAUCAAUUAAAAUGAGUUGGUGUCAGAAAUUGUUGUACUGUGAUGGCGAGUUCUCCUUGAAUAUACCAUUUACUUUUCCCGAGUAUGUCACUCCUGCUGGAAAGAAAAUUCAGAAAAAGGUAAAGAUGCAAUUAAACCUGAACGCUGGUGCUGGAACUCAGGUUUUGUGCAAGACAGUCAGUCAUCCUUUGAAGGAGACAACACGCAAUGUAGGAAAGUUGGUGUUCUCUUACGAAUCAGAAGUUUACUCAUGGUCAAGCACUGACUUUAGUUUCUCUUACACAGUUCCUUCAAGUCACAUAUCUGGCGGUGGGUUUUUGCAAUCUCCAUCUGUGCUUGAUAUUGAUCAAAGAGAGAUGUUCUGUGUUUAUCUAUUUCCUGGAAGUCGGCAGAGUAGGAAGGUUAACGUCUUCAAAAAGGAAAUAGUAUUCGUUGUUGAUAUCAGUGGAAGCAUGCGGGGCAAACCACUUGAUGAUACAAAGAAUGCACUAUCUGCUGCCCUUUCUAAGCUUGAUCCAGAAGAUUCUUUUAGCAUUAUAGCUUUUAAUGGAGAGACUUAUAAAUUUUCAACAUUACUAGAAUCAGCAACCAAGGAAGCUGUUGAAAGAGCGAUUGAGUGGAUUAACAUGAACUUCAUAGCUGGGGGCGCCACAAAUAUUUUACUUCCCCUUAACAUGGCAAUUGAGAUGCUAUCCAAUGUUCGAGGUUCAGUUCCUAUCAUCUUCCUAGUUACUGAUGGGGCUGUUGAGGAUGAGAGACGCAUUUGUGACACAAUGAAAAAUUGCCUAAAGGAUGGAAGACCAAUGUGCCCACGUAUUUACACUUUCGGCAUAGGUUUAUUCUGCAACCAUUAUUUCCUGCGAAUGCUUGCAACAAUUGGCAGGGGCCAAUAUGAUGCUGCUUAUGAUAUAGACUCUCUUGAGGAUCGAUUGCAAAGAUUAUUCACCAGAGCUUUUUCUCCCAUUUUUGCAAAUAUAACUAUUGAAAAAUGUGAUGGUCUUGAUGAAGUUGAGGUGUACCCUUCUCAUAUUACAGAUCUUUCAUCUGAGAACCCAUUGAUUGUAUCUGGCAGAUACCGUGGCAAAUUCCCUGACACACUUAAAGUUAAAGGUGUCUUAGCUGAUUUGAGUAAUUUUCUGGUUGACUUGAAGAUAGAAAUUGCCAAGGACAUACCUCUUGACAGAGUAUUUGCAAAAGAACAUAUAGAACUACUAACAGCUCAGGCAUGGCUUUCAGAAAAAAAACAGCUCGAGGAAAAGAUUGCAAAAAUGAGCAUACAGACUGCCAUUGUAUCCGAAUAUACCUUUAUGGCCCUACUUGAGAGCGACCCAGGAAAGAUAGCUAAAGAAUCAGUUGUAAUAAAAGAGAUGACAAACAAAAACCAAUCUCAGAAAAUGGUUGACUUCAAAGGCGGCCAGCAAAUGAUAAUACUGCAAAAUCUUGGAAUUGGCUUUGGCAACUUGACUGCAACUGCUGACAAUAUACCUCCAGGAUCCGUAGAGCAAAAAUUGCCUGAAGCUGCUGAAAUAUUUGUCAGGGCAGCUUCAAACUGUUGUGGUAGUAUGUGUAAUCACUGCUGUUGCAUGUGCUGCAUCCAGCUUUGUUCCAAGAUGAAUAAUCGAUGUGCAAUCGUAUUGACACAGCUUUGCACUGCUCUUGCUUUUUUUGGCUGUGUUGAAUGUUGUACAACUGUGUGCUGUUCUGGUAGUGAUGGAGGAUAGGAUCUCCUAUUUUUUUCCCCUCCCUUAAGAAGGCAAUAGAAACUUAAACUUGAAUUAUUUCAUAAUUUACAAUAUUCUUGAUGUUUUAUAAUGUAUAAAAGAUUGAUGUUACAGGGUCCUGUACAGGAAUACAUAAAUUAACACAGCACAUUGUGAUUAUUUCA